GCUUGCUGACGCUCCGCCGCCACGAUGAGUGUCCAGCCGCCGGCCACGAGUGUCUGCUCGCCGGCCGCGAGUGUCCAAUCGGCGUCCAACGGUGUCCAGCCGGCCUCGCACGCCCGAGAGCUCGUCAUACCCAGCGUGGUCAUCUCGGAGGCCGACAGCGGCCAGCCGUGCCUCAGCUGCCAUGACAAGUGUCCGGGCUUUACGCACCACCCGUGGAGAAAGAUUUGCGCCAACUGCAAAUGUGACCGGGAGAGCCACGACCUCUGCCAGGACGACUGGGUCAACGUGCGGGACCGGCUCGGCUUCACCGGCGUGUUGGAGCCCGACAAGCGGGUGUCCAAAGACCGGGCGUUUCAGCACGGCUAUUCCUGGGUACCUCCUGGACUCGGCAGAGAAAAGAUCGAGGAGUACAUGAGCCAGCUGCCGAAUCACAAGGUGCCGCGGCUCGGCACGGCCGGUGAGAAGUACCGCGAGCGUAACCUGGUGCACCAGCUGCCGGCGCAGGACCUGGCGCUGACGCACUGCCGGCACGUGGCUGGCGAGCACCAGCGCGCCUUCCGCGACUUCAUCGAGGCCCGCAACGACAUCGCGCUCGACGUGGGCUUCGUGCGAGAACUGAACCAUUCCUCCGAGUGCCGCAAGUGUCAGCGCGUGAUACGGCACGGCGAGCUGGCUGUGAUAGCUCCGAGAUUUGGCGACGUGACGUGGCACCCGGCCUGUUUUGUGUGUCACACGUGUGACCAGCUGCUAGUGGAUCUCACAUACUGCGUCUACGACGAGGAGAUCUACUGCGAACGGCACUACGCGCAGCAGCUGAAGCCCCGGUGUGCCGCCUGCGAUGAGUUGAUUUUCAGCGGCGAGUACACCAAGGCGAUGAACAAGGACUGGCACAGCGGCCACUUCAGCUGCUGGCAGUGCGACGAGUCGCUGACCGGCCAGCGGUACGUGCUGCGCGACGACCACCCGUACUGCAUCAAGUGCUACGAAAACGUGUUCGCCAACACCUGCGACGAGUGCAAUCGGCUCAUCGGCAUCGACUCCAAGGACCUGAGCUACAAGGAGAAACACUGGCACGAGGCAUGCUUCCUGUGCAACAAGUGUCGCAUGUCGCUGGUGGACAAGCAGUUCGGCUCGAAGGCCGAGAACAUCUACUGCGGCCCGUGCUACGACGCCCAGUUCGCCACCCGCUGCGAUGGCUGCGGGGAGAUCUUCAGGGCCGGCACGAAGAAGAUGGAGUAUAAGACCCGGCAGUGGCACGAGAAGUGCUUCGCCUGCUGCGUGUGCCAGACCCCGAUCGGCACCAAGUCGUUCAUCCCGCGUGAGCAGGAGAUCUACUGCACCGGCUGCUACGAGGAGAAGUUCGCCACGCGCUGCAUCAAGUGCGACAAGAUCAUCACCACGGGUGGCGUGACGUACAAGCAGCAGCCGUGGCACCGCGAGUGCUUCACCUGCACCAACUGCAACACCAGCCUGGCCGGCCAGCGGUUCACCAGCCGCGACGAGAAGCCCUACUGCGCCGACUGCUUCGGCGAGCUGUUCGCCAAGCGCUGCACUGCGUGCACCCGGCCCAUCACCGGCAUCGGCGGCACGCGGUUCAUCUCGUUCGAGGACCGCCACUGGCACAACGACUGCUUCAUCUGCGCCACCUGCAGCAACUCGCUGGUGGGCAAGGGCUUCAUCACAGACGCCUCGGACAUCCUCUGCCCGGACUGCGCCAAGCAACGACUAAUGUGAGCGCGCCGCCACCUGUCGACGGCAGGCGGAAGCUGAAGCAGCGGCAGCGGCCGCGUGAGGACGGAUGAGCGUGCGCAACGGCCAGGCGGGGCAGAGCAGGGCGGCGACGGCGGCGGCGGCGGUCCGGCCGUCUGGCUUCGACUUCUCUCUAUUUUGUGUUGGUAGACAUUUGCGUGUGAAUGCGUCGUGGUGCGAAUGGUUAGGCGUGCAAUAUCAUGAGCAAUUUUAUACAUAGGGGUGCUAGACGUGAAGAUUAACCCAGGCACGCGAACGCUGGCGCCGCAGAUGGCGCCCGAAGCGCGCGUUCACACGUCACACGCAUCACACGACAGGACGUUACACGCACACAGGCAGGGAGACAGACAGGCACACGCGGACGUGGGUACCUGGUACCGCGCCGUCGUAAAGCGGAUUGAAUGAGGGCACGCCGUGUCGACACGAUUGACUAACCCGAUCUUCAUUAACCCGGUAGUGCAGAGGGCGCCCCGGCGAGAGCACACGAUAACACGGGCGUGGCACUGCCCGGGGGAGAGCGUGAUAUACUGCAACUGCUAGUCGGCCCUGCUUCACUUCGAUUGCGUUUUACCCGUAGGGAUCAUGCUGACUUGAGAUGAUGUAUUUAUUUUCCGUGCGUAGCAAUUCUUCGAGCGAGUGCUGUUCGACUGUACAUAGGAAAAAUAAUGCGGCACACGAAAAUGCCUUACAGCUAGGACUUGGGGGCCUUACUGUCUCAAGGCUACAUGUAUGGGUAAGGGAGAUGAACGUAUAUAUUUCCUUCCACCUUAACCCAGGCCCUUCCCACCCAUACAUAUAACUUUCAGUUGCCCCAAGCGUAUAGAAGUAACGAUAUCCCGUUAGUGCCAUGCAGAGUCUUGACUAGACGCGGGAGAAGCCGGCAAGGCCAGCCAUCGGCGCGCGGCCGGCGCCGACCGUCCGCAGCAGCGACCAGCGACAGAGCAAAUUCGAAAUUCCACCGAGGAUCCGUAGCUAGCUCUUUCUCUGUUCUUGCCCUGUUCUGGAUUGUUGUUCUUUUGUUUCCUUUGUUUCGUUCAACAGCUCUCCCUCGAAUGUCAUGUGGGUAGUAUUUUUUUUAUUUUUGAACUUCUCCAUCUUUUAUGUAUGUUGGCUGUUGUUAAUAUUUCGCUUUGUGGAAGGAAAUAAACGCUUGAUUAACCAUU